CCGCGACAUACCAACAAUAUACAAUGCAAAAUGGCAAUGACUAGAUAAAAUGGUUAAAUCAUUGUCGGUAGGUGAAUGGAUUCUAGGAAAACAAACAGUGUAGGCAUGCCAGCGGCAAGUUUCAUUCGCAUCGACAUGCCAGUUUGUUAGCAGACCGUAGUAGUGACGGAGGGCUCGUACCUACUCGCUCCGGGCUCUGACGAGUCGUGUGUAGAAUAUAGACGCGGUGCCGACUGUUGACUCAGUUGUUAGCUGUCGCUCGACAUAGUCGGCUGUCUUGUACGGUUACAAGCGCGCUAUUUCUUUAAACUCGUUUAUUUAAUUUAAAAUAUUUGUUCAUUCAUUCAGUUCACGGUACCGUUCAUUGACGGACAUUGCCCAACACUAGUUAGCGUCAAUUUUUAUGUGAAGUGACGUUUCGGGAUUUGAAAUUUUUGAAAGUUGCGUGCAAGCGACUUUACAAAGUUACUUUGGUGAAAAAUUAUGGAAGUGAAUGCCUCUUGGAAUUUGUGCUGUGUGUUUUUAUUGUGAUAAACCGUGGCCUCUGGAGAGGAGAGUAGCGGAGCCCGCGGCGCGCCGUGUAGUGCUAAUAGUGCUAUACAACAAAUGUGUUUGCUGGAGAAACGGAAGGCCAGCAUUAGUCCUUUAGACAUGACUUUGGCAGCCAGAUAUCCACAAUAUGCAACAGAAGUGGCACUGCCCCUCGGCUGGCCCGGCGUGUGCUGCCCCAACUGCCGGCAGCAGCUGCUGCUGGGCUGCAAGGGCCACUACCCCGCGUACGCCACGCCCACGUCGCCCCUCUACCCCGCGCCAUACAACGAGGAGCUGAAGAGGCUAGCUGACACCGUCAAGGCACUGAGGUUGUCCGGGUGGUACUAUGGGAAUCUUGAUUGGCAGGGAGCGAGAAAUCUUCUCAAAGAAGCGAGUGUGGGCGCGUUCGUGGUCCGGGACUCGGGAGAUAGGAACUUCAUAUUCUCACUGUCGGUGCAGACCGAGAGAGGGCCCACCUCGGUCAGACUACACUUCGAGUGCGGUUUCUUUAGACUAGACUGCGAGAAGCCCCUCGCGCGAUACAUGCCGCGUUUCCGCUGCGUCGUUGAGCUAGUGCAGCACUACACGCGCUGGGGCAAGGCGGCCGCCGGCACCGUGUGGGUGGACCGCGCCGGCGCGCCGCACUCCGCUGUUCUACUGAGGACGCCGAGGCGGAGCGAGCCGCCUAGCUUGCUGCAUUCUGCGAGGCUAGCCAUACAUAAGGCGCUGGAUUCUGACCCUAGAUCGCCUAAACUAUGGAGCGCGCCGAAACACCGACUCCUGCCGCUGCCGACGACGCUCCUAGACUACCUCGGCGAGUACCCCUACUCGAUCUAGCACGUCUGUAUCUAGACUAAAUAGAUUAAACCUAGGUCUAAUGUGACUUCAAAAUCAUGUACUGCCUCUUAACCGUUUGAUCGCCAAAAACGUCAACUGACGCACACGCUACCUUCGUGCAUUCCUACAAGGUUACGACGCAUGACGCGCCGAUAGCACUUCUUAGUGCCACUUGCACCAUUCCACUAACCCGGGGUUAACCGGUUAAACCUGGAGUUACCAUGGUUACCAGUACAAUUUGACAGUGGGUUAACGGUUUAACCGCUUAUCUUCGGGUUUGUGGGAUGGUGCUAGUGGCCCUUAUUAUGCCUAUGGUAUCUGUAAUUCCAGUACAAUUUUAGAUUCAAAACUCACUGUAUCAGAUUGAUAACCAGGGCUCGGUAGUACUCUCGUCAUUUUAAAAACAUAACCAUAAUUUAAGACCCAUUUAUGAGUCGAAAAUGUUCGUUCACAGUCUAUGGCCGUCAUUCGUUGAAAUUGGUAUGAAGUCUCUGUUGUACAGAACAGGGUUAUGUUCCGAGCCUUGUUGAUACUGCCACAGGCAUAAUAAGAUGUGAAACUCUAGAUUCUUUGGCAGGUAGUUCAUAACUUAAUGCAUACAUUUUAGCCAACUUAUAUUGUUAAUUUGAUAAACUCUUGUAGUAGCGCCGGACGCCUUACAAUAACAUAAUUGAAGUCACUUUACACCCGGGUACCUUUUUCUUUGUAAGCACAGGUUGCUAAGGCAGGGACCUUUUACCGAUUUUAAUUUAUGUAUUAUAAUAUAGGACUAGGGACUCAACUAUGGUAUUUAGCGGAAAAUCUGCAUAUUAUUUAAAUAAGUACUGUUUGUAUAUAAAGAUUUGUUUGUAAGACUGAUAUUGAGAGCAUCUACUUCAGCGCUUGUUUACUACUUAUUUUAAUUCACUACUGUUUUAGUUUGUUUCUAUGUGAAUUCAAAUUGCAUAAACUGAACCCAUAUCAUACACAAUUGUUUGUAACAACAACAUGUUUUGUUAAACAAGUUUUGUUGUUAUUUUGUUCCGUUAGCCAGAAUCACAACAACAAACAUUAUUAGAAAAAUAAAAAUGUAAACAUUCAACUAAAAUGUGGCCGGUAUUAAAAAGGUAUACGUAUAGUCGCGAUCAGAUAUAUUGCACACCGGUCAAGUUGCUCUAAAAUAUCUGGCGUGGAGGCGUGCUCAGAUAUUUGUGAGCACCUUGGCCGCUCCAAUAUAUCUAAUGGCGACUGUACAUUAAGUUCCACAUACAUAUGUCUUAAUAGUUAUAUGGAAAAAAUAACCAUGGUUACAACAAGAAAUAUUUUGACAAACUCUUAAAUUUAGAUUUUUGUAUUAUAAACACAUUAGACUCAUUAAUGCCGCUCUUGUCCAUUCGAAGUAAGAUAUCAUCACACUAUUUUGUUAGAAAACUAUUUAAUUUAUUUAUUAUUUGGUUAAGAAUUAGAUUUACAUGAAGGUUAAAUUGUGUUCCUAUUUCAGUUGGAAAAUUCAGUUGAAAAUUACUUCUCUUAUUCGGCGCAAAUGUGACUUGAAUCAGUGCCAUAAACUACGGGGCCCUAUUAAUUCUUAACAUACAGUUCAAAUCAGUUGGUAAUUUAUCAUUUUUAUUUUUAAAACAUUAUAUCGACUCUUCUACUCCACUGUCAGAAGAUUUAUAUUCAUAACAUGGCCAAAAUCACUCCGUUUUCGAAGUUACCCCAAGAAACCUUAUAAUAUUGUAAAAAAAAAAACUUAACAACUGUAUGUUAGAAUAAUAUGGCCCUGAAACAUAUAUUUUGAAGGCUCUCGAACGCAACAGUAUCGGCCCAGGCGGCAGUACGGCCGGGCCGUAAACGUCUGGCAUUUCAAUCGCCAUCGGCAGGGUCGCCAUGAGAAAGCUAGUUUGAGGCUGAAUUUGUAAAUAGUUAUUGUUUUCUAUUUAUUUCUUAGAUGUAAUGUAGUUAAGUAGAAUAAUUAUACGCGCGCCAUUUGAUGGCGUUUACGUUCAAUAAACAAGGAAAUAUUAGAUACCGCUACAUUUCUCACGAUGGUGAUUCAAAUUCAAUACAAGGAGAAGUUCUCUAGUUUUUGAAAAUUAGGCAAGCUGGUGGUAAUGGACAGGAGAAAUGUGGCGGUAUUUGGUUGGUGUACCAAGAGCCGGGGUGGCUAGUGAUCACUAAUAAUAUAGAAUAAACAUGUACCUUGAAUAAUCUCAAUUAUUUUUAGUAUUUACCUGUUCAUUAGUUCAUCUGGGUUCCACAGUCCCUUAACUAAAUAGUUACAAGCAAAGCUUGAUGCAGAUGGCGCUGCUAUCGAAUAGAAUUAACUACUUAUAUCUUUGUAUUAAAAAAAUCUUAUUUAUGGAAAAAAACAACCAUAGAGUAUAGGCAGCCUGUCAAAUGGGCCCUAUUCUUCCAAACAUCUGUAAGCAAUUAGUAGUUUUUCAAAGUAUAAUAUAGCGCCCUUGGGUAAAUGUCAAAAAGCGCUUUGCGUCAGUUUUGGUCAGGGAUAUUUAUAAGUGGAACUAUGUAAAGAUUGUAAAGUCCAUUCAAACUUCCUUUUCAUAAGUGGUAAAAAUUUUUGAAAUGCAUUGUAACUAAAACCAGUAGUAUUUUCUAUAACAUUAAAAUUUUUAAAAUAUGCAAUUUGAAGUUUUUUACCAAUGAGGGUUUCAUAUUAAUGCUAUAAUCCUGAUAUCGGGCACCAAAGAAAUAGGUGGCCGAUAUUAUGACAUGUAAAGCAUUAAAAUGCAGGAAGAUAUGAAUAGAACUGUUCUUAUCGUUAUUUUUGAGUGUAUUCUCGAAAAUAUGGCGCAUAAUAAUGUUGAUGGGACAAUCGAAUCCGUAUUACCGCAGUGACAUAGUGUGGAAUUGCCUGCAUAUGAAUAGAAGCGAAUUGCCAUACGAUUAAAUAAAUAUGUAUUUGUCGUCGCAUUUGCGCCAAAUUUUCGAGUAUACCUAUGCAAAAUAAGUUCAAUUAGUUUUGUACAUUUUCUAAGAAAAUAUCACCGAUUGUGCAACAUAAGUGUGACAUAAUAGAAAUGAGGUGUGUGUGCGUGUGUGUAGACUAAUGUAUGCUAAACAUGAAAAUAAUUUAUAUACAGAAACAAAUAUACGUUCUGACAAAA